AUGAAUGCGAAAUUUGUUUCAGGUCGUUUCCGAAUCGUUGAGAAAGAAAAAAUGGCUGCUGGUGCAGGAGAUUUUCAUUAUGGUGCCGCUGCCGGUGGUCCAGGCUAUAAUGGCGCUGCUGGAGGACCACCAGGAGCUUUUCCUGGAUAUGGUGGGGCACCAGGUUAUGGCGGAUAUGGAGCACCAGCUUAUGGAGGAUAUGGUGGUUAUGGUUAUGCUGAUGCGCAAAGUCCACUUGAUGCUGAAAUCCAGGUUGUGAUACGCGAGAUUCAUAACGAGCAGCAGCUGAUGGAGCAGGGUGGUGAAUGGGGUGAGCAGUUCAAGAAUGCGAAGCGAUUACUGGCUGCUGAGGCUGAUAAGCUGGAGAAUUCCAUCGAUCCUGAGUGGCUUGAAGUGGAUAUUGCGAAGUCGAUCAAAGUCUCCAAAAAGGUAUUGAUCCCGAACUUCAGGCACCCGCAUUUCAAUUUUGUUGGUAAAAUUUUGGGACCGAAAGGAGCGACACUGCAAGCGAUGGCCAAACAGUUCAAAUGCCAUAUUUAUGUGUUGGGACGAGGCUCCACCAAGGAUCGUGCUAAGGAGCAAGAACUGUUGCAAAGUGGCGAUCCACAAUAUGCGCAUUAUGGUGGGCCGCUUCAUGUC